AGCAGGUGAAACGCGAGCAUGUAAACAAAGCCUGGCAGGUGCUUGCGCGCCUACUCCAAAGUAGCAUCAAAAUACACCACCUCUUUCAAAUCCGAUUUCGUUAAUCAGUAUUCCAUGGCCACCGAAGACAUCUCCCCAUAUGAGAACUCAUCCGAAGAAGAUGAUGGAAGUUCAGAAGAAGGGGACACGGCUGGAUCAAAUCGGAGCACGCCUGCUAAGCUUGUUGCCAAGCAUGCCAUUACAGGACGAGGCAUCACAUUAUGUAUGCUGAUGCAGGAUGGUAUCGUUGAGGCUGGAGUUGGCCUCUUGACCAUAAGCUACCUCGGUAAAAAAUUUGUUGGUGAUCUGCUACCUGAUGGUAAAAUAAAAUUCCAAGAAAAUGGAGAGCUGUUCAACUCUCCGAGCGCUUGGGCAAUCCAUUGUAAAAAGAUUGUGAACCCAACAAAGAAGUCAGGAUGUGGUUGGGCAUCAGUGAAAUAUAAAGGCAGAAAGCUGGAUGCCUACAAGACAACCUGGUUCCGCAAACAGAACCCUGAGAGCUUUCUGAAUAAAGUUAUACAGCCACCUACCUCGACUCGUAAACCAGAAGGUUUAAGCAGUAAGCUUGAAGCGUUGAAUAAUGCUAACAAUCUCAAAAACGGCAACAGCUCAACGCAAAGUCAAAAUGGAGACUCGGAAAAGAACGUCAACGGUGAUGUCGUCAAACCUCAGAAUGGAACAAAGUCACCUGAAUCGGUAUCUGAAGAAUCAAAGAAAAGUCCUAAGGAAGAGAAAGAAAAGACUGCAGAGCCCGGGGAGGUAUUGGACCUCUCCAUGUCAGGCCCGUACAGCCAGCCGAACGCAACCAUGAGAAAGUCAGUGAAAUACACCAUGCUUGGGAGGAGAGAACUCGGCAGGUAUACAAAAUCGAAAGACACACAAACCCUCGUUCAAUGUGCCAGAUUCCAGGACUUUGGGAAACUUCAACCGUUUACGAUAUCAUUUCAAACCAACUCAUUAUUACUCAUGGAUUACCACUGCCACCUCACAACCAGUGAAGUCGUUGGAUACUUGGCUGGGAAAUGGGAUCAAAACUCACAACAUUUAACCAUCGUACAGUCAUUUCCGUGUCGGUGUCGACUUGGUGAUCGAGAGAGUUCCGUCAUUGUCGAAGAAGAGAUUCGACAGAAUAUGGAGCGCCGGGGUCUGACAUUGGUGGGCUGGUACCACAGUCACCCGGAAUGCCAGGCAGACCCUUCCAUCAAAGACAUCGAAUCACAAUUUGAAUAUCAACUCUGUCUCAAAGGCAUGGGCAGCUCAUAUCAUCCCUGUAUCGGCGUCAUAUGUUCUUCUUACAACCCGAGCAGAACGGAGAAGAGUUCUAAAAUCCGUGCAUUUUGGGUGAUGCCCCCGCUCGAGCUUGCAACAAUAGAUUACAGUAUUCCCAUGGAAAUGUCAUACAACGAAAUCCAAGACACGCAUUUAUCUCCUGAAAUCGUCAAUGAAAUGAAAUGGCUUACAGACUUCUACCGAGGUGCUCCCGAUCUGAUUCCGUUUGCCAGUCCCUGGCAGCAUACAACAACAUAUCUAGAGAAGAUAAAGGCUUCCCUUUCGAAGAGGCUUCCAAACGACCAAGGAGAUGGCUCAUUCCUCGACUCCAUACAUAUACUUCUGACGCAGUACAUGUGAGGCGUCAGUAGUUGGUUCGUUACUUAAUAGGGGGCAGCUUAUACAAGGAGAAACCCGACUUGUAAAGUUCCGCCUGUGCUUGAUUUAUCAAAAGGCGUUUGCGACUGAGUUGCAUUAACUCAUUCAGCUUGAGCAGACGACAUCAUUAACUCAAGGUGUUCGAUGAGGAACUACUUGAAGAAAAGUUGUUCAUAUUGACCAAUCAACUUCAGCUUUAUGAGCCAAUACUUACCAACGGUGUCUUAAUGGCAACACCAGGGUUGAAAGAGUUUUGCAUGUUCAAGUCUAUAAAAAACAAAACACUUUCUUCAUGGAAUUUCAUUAGCACCUGAUGUCUAUCAUUUUAAUGAAACAAGCACGAGUGGAUACCAAGUUCAGGUCACAUUCCAAUGCUUUUUACAAUAUGUUUGAAUUCCAUUUGAAAUUUUUCGUAACAACUGAAAACUUAAUUCGAGGACAUGUAUAAAUUCAUUUGUGCCAGUUAACAGUUUUACACCAGGUUUAUUUUUGUAGCUUCUUUACACAAUGAAUUAAACUUAAGUUAGAUAAACAUAAUGCAUGAAAAUUACCACUUGAAGAUACAUGUACAUGUACAUCCAUUUUUGCCAUUUUGAGAAAAAAUGGCUACAGAGUUUGAUAUUUAACUGAAAAUGUAUUGGAAAAUUUGUACAUUUUUUAUCACAAAAGUUUAACCGGUGCCCCAAAAGCCCUGAAAUUUGAGGACAUUAUCGGCCGUUAAAUGGGUAAUACCAUGGUUUCGGUUAACUCCAAAACGUUGGGUAGGGCCUAUUUUGUGACGAAACUCUUCACUUUAAUCUUUUGUUAGUUAAAGUUUAUUAGUUGAAAUUCCUCUUGAGGCUAAUAAGGGUGAUUGCCUGAACGCGACGGGAUUAAAUGACAAGACCUUAUGUCCCAGGUAAAAGAAAACAUGUUAGGAACUUUAUUCGGAAAGAUGGGGAAAGACGGGAAGUUGGUUAAUCGCCCGCAUAUUUUUCAAGUAUGUUUACCUUACACAAGAGAACAUGAAUUUUGCUUCGCUCAAAGAUCUCACUGUGCUCAUAAAAAUUUUAAAUCAUCAAUCAAGUUUUAUUAAAAAAUCAAUUCUGAAAAAAACGGAACCAUGUACCAUGUUUGUUGUCUGAAAUUUGGGGCCUUCGUUGUUUAUGUGAGACUUGGAAGUUCUGAAGUAGUUCUCAGGGCGGGGAGGCGGCUCCCAGUCGUUCCAAUACAGUGUAUAUAAAUAUCAUGAGCUGUGUCACGCUGAGGCACUCUGGGGUAUCAGUGGCAGCAAUAUUUUAGAGCACACCGAGAGACAAAAAGGGGAUCAAGCCAGGUUCGAACCCAUGACCCUUGGAUUGAGAUUCAGAGACAUGAGUACGCCACUGCACACCUCCAAAUGACAUGUUUUAUUCUGGCCUUCAAAGUCGAAAAAUUGGAAACAAAAAUGAACUGCCACUGCUAUCAAAAUAUUAAAAAAUGUUGACACUUUUAUGUUCAUUGGAUACGAAAGACCUCUGCAGCUGAUAAAAUCAGUAUUUUUGGUGACUAAUGAUAAAAACGAUCGCCCUGGGUGUCUCGUUGUUAAGCACGAGGAAUUCCAUGAAUUAUAUCAGGAGAAAUGACGAAAGAUUUUCUGUUUCUGGUUGGGAAACUUGGUGUGUAUACCUGGGCAAGCAAAAAAACUCCCAAGUAAGAAACAUGAGUACCGGUAACAUGUGUGGACUCUACUGUGGCCAAAGCCUUGAGUCACUUGGCAUAUAAAAAUUCUUAUCGCAUUUAGGAGAGGAAUACUCUCUUGCAAAUACCCGGUAACACCUCCAAGUGCACAGCAAACACUGAAGCAGAAGAAGAAAUGUUCAAACCAGAAGCAGACUUUAUUUCAUCAUGACGCUUUGCAUCAUUAUUAUUGUUGUUAUAAUGAAUUGUGUUGUACUAUCUGUAUAUAUUUGUUCUAUGUCUAUAAUUAUGAUUUAGAUGAGCAUUUUACAUGCGCGAGAUUAAAUGAUGAUGAGUAUUUACUUAUUCACUACGAUGUGUUAGAUUCAAAUGCUGAUGUAUGUACAUGUAUUCAUAUAUAUUUUACACAUUCCAGGGCUAUUCCGUUGAAGUUAUCACCCCCUGUUUUAUCCAAGGAUGUUCUGUUUUUAACUUUGCAUGUAGACAUGUUGGAAAAACAAAUGCCAUGGACUGGUAAUGUUCCCAUUCACCAAAACUUGUGGUGGAAUUCCAUAGCAGUGACUUGUGCAUUAAUUUGGGAGUUUCAUUCGUCCUCAAAUGUCAAUGAUUGUCAUUGAAAAUUGAUACAAAAUCUCAAGUAUUGACAGUUUCCAAAAUUGUACCGUGCAACAUUCCAUUUGGCCCAACUCCCUGGAUUAUCAGCGUUUUAUUACACCAUUAGAGUUUUUCCGUUGAAUAUAUUUUUGGUAACAUUAUUUACAGAAGCUAAUUACAUUAUGUGUUGUUUCAAGAGAAUGGAUUCUGUCUUGUGAAAUUGUCGGUUGACAUUGAUUGUGCUCGCAAAAAGGCUGAUUCUAAAAGUCGUGAACCAUUUUAUAUUUUCGUCAAAAUCCAGACAUUUGUUGCGAAAAGUAUUAAUCUAAUUAUUUUCCCAUUGGAAUUAUCAAGUCAAUUAUUUUGCAGAAAUUUACAAUGUCAUCUCAAAGGCAUGUUUCUGCAAAAGUUUAGAUCUGUUGAAAAAUAUUUACAGUAUACUUUUGUAUACCUACAUUUUGAAUCGAAAGAACAAAUCUAAAGUUUGAGAACGGGACCGAAGGGGCAAAAUGUAUUUUCCCUCUUAUUGCAGACAGUGAAAAAAUCAGUUCUGUUCGGUUAGAAGAUAGAGACGCUGCUAGUUUGUGAGAUUUUCUCACAAUAUUGUGAGCCCAGGAGUGUUCGCAGUUUAUGAAAUUACAACUUUUGCAUACUUUUGAUUGAGGAUUUUAAUAACCCAGGAACAAUAAUUUCAGUUAGAUUUUUUUUCAUGGCCAAACACUUUCAUGAUUAUAUAAAAAUUCAAAAUGAAAGACACUGGAAUAUUUCUAGGUUAACCGUUAACAAUAGAUGCCCAGAAAAUGCCUCACUUUAAAAGAAAUUGGUGUUGUUUCAUUUCGUUGAAAUGUACAUUCGUCCAUUCAGAACCCUCACGGCAGUAUUUUCGUAUUAUUUGAGUCUUUAGUACUGCUGAAAAAUAAAUAAAGAGUAUUAGCAUGUCACCAAAUGUUCACACGCUGUUGGUCAGAGUUGGUUACGAUGUAAGGUAGAAUGGUACAAUUAUAGCUAUGGUCCAGCUAGGCACUGUGUGCUUUAAUGUGUACUGCUAUAAUUGGACUGAAGCUAAAAAUGUACCACAACUCUCAUUGUUUGGUCAGUGCCACUUGCUAUCGUGUCUAACUCAUAUCUAUAUCAAUUUGCUAUCUUCGGCUCAUUUUGGUUGAAAAUGGCCUUUUAGCUUGAGCGUAUUGACGAGGUCGAUAAUAUGUGACCCGCUCUACCAAAACUAGGCGCUUAUCGCAUCUGAACUUGACAGGUUGAUACGGACUUGUUGUUCAUUUCCCUAUUGUAGACCUUUUGUGAAAUGUGACCAAAUCAGUUUGUAAUAGAUUUUACAAAAGGUCUACAAUAGGGAAAUGAACAACAAGUCCGUAUCAACCUGUCGAGUUCAGAUGCGACAAGCGCCUAGUUUUGGUAGAGCGAGUCACAUAUAGUAGAACCUUUCUAUUAAUGACAUCCUCAGGACUGACAAGUGCUGUCCUUGAUAGAGAUGUGUCCUGAUUAGAGAGGUCAACUCGAAUGGAAACAGCCAAUUUGGGAUCAAAACUUGUAUCCUUAAUAGAGCUGAAGUGUCCGCUGUGGGCGGUUCCACUGUAUAACUUUUUAUAAAAAGAGCUUUCUAAGUCAUAUGACUGUUAGCAGAACUGUUUUUGCUCUUGGACACCUAAUUAGAAAUCGAUUUCAGUUUUGGUAAUCCGGCCCAUCACCUUCUCUUUAAUUUCACUUUACUUCUGUAUUUGAAAAAAUCAGUUUUGGUGUUAUUGAUUUUAAGACCAAUACAUCUUUAGCAAUAAUCUUAUAAUAAAAUAGUUAUCACUGAUGCCAAAUGGGAAACAUCCUCCUGGCCCUGGGUAAUUAAUUCUACAUGAGCGAAGGUCACCCAGUCAGCAUGAAGUUCAAAGAAAUUUUUAUCAAAUAGCAAUUUGGCAGCAUGGGAUUGGGAUUCAAGUAGCAUUGAAAUGAACCAGCCCUUCUUCAAAAUUGUAUGUUGUUUAUUUUCAAUAAAAAUUUCUUUUAUUCUUUGAACUUCACGCAAAAAUUUUAAGUUUGGGUUGGUGUUUGGGUGACAUUUGCGUCGCCCAGCACGACAUUUUCCUUUUUGGCAUCACUGAUUCUCUAGACCACUAAAACAUUGUCUGUUUCCGAAGAUCUUAUCAACUGUGUCGUGUUGACUUUGUUGUUGUUCUUACUUACUAGCUACUUUCAUCAUUCCUUCAUGUCUUAGUUCUAUGUAUACUGUCAGAUACUUAAUAAACAUACUUAGUAUGUUGUCAA